CCGUGUAAACAGUGCUGGGGGGUCAAAGUUCAGGCCUACCGAGAGUGUAUCUUCCAUUUUUCUGUUGCAGUGGAGAAGAGAUAUGCUGAAGAGAGCGAGCACACUGGUCCUCAGAAGAGGACUGUCAAUAUUGAACAAUGACAGUGUCUUCAGAGUUCACCCAUCAGUGUCACAGGCGCUGGCGGAAAACCGACCGGUGGUGGCGCUAGAGAGCACCAUUAUCACUCACGGCAUGCCCUACCCUCACAACCUCAGAACAGCUCAAGAGGUGGAGGCCAUUGUGCGAGCUGAAAACGCCACACCCGCCACUGUUGGAGUGAUUAGGGGCAAAGUUCACGUCGGACUGUCUUCAGGGGAGCUGGACUUCUUGGCCCGCUGCGACGGCUCCAUGAAGGUGUCUCGACGAGACCUGCCCUAUGUUGUCAGUCAGGGGCUCUCGGGGGGGACCACCGUGUCGGCCACCAUGAUAGCAGCGCACCGGGCUGGCAUCCCGGUGUUUGUCACUGGUGGCAUCGGGGGAGUGCACAGAGACGGACAGAACAGUCUGGAUAUCAGUGCUGAUCUGACAGAACUGGGCAGGACUCCCAUCGCCGUGGUGUCCGCUGGCGUCAAGUCUAUUCUGGACAUCGGCCGCACACUGGAGUACCUGGAGACGCAGGGUGUUUGUGUGGCCACCUAUGGACCGUCCAAGGAAUUUCCAGCAUUCUUCUCCCCAUCCAGCGGUUUCACGUCUCCGUAUCAAGUCUGCAAUCCUGACAAAGCCGCAGAACUCAUUGAAAGCGCUCUUUCAUUGGGCGUCCAGAGUGGCGUCCUCAUAGCCGUGCCCAUCCCUGAGGAGCACGCCGCAGCAGGCCAGCAGAUCGAGGAAGCCAUACAAACAGCCCUGGAGGAAACAAGCGCUAAAAGCAUCAGAGGAAGAGACGUGACUCCGUACAUUCUUCAGCGAGUCAAUGAGCUGACCAGAGGAAAGUCCCUUCAUGCCAAUGUUGCUCUGGUUCUCAACAAUGCUAAAGUGGGCAGCCACAUCUGCUGUGCUCUGACUGCACGCAGCAACAAGAGCAAGUCACACAGUCAAACAUCACACUCGCAUAUUGUUGUCAUCGGCGGUAUAAAUGUGGAUUUUAUUGCCAAAGGGAAAAGCAAAAGUCUUGAAUUUGGACGGACCAACCCAGGAAGUGUGUGUCAGUCGUAUGGAGGUGUGGGAAGAAACAUCAGCGAUUGCUUAAGUCGUCUUGGCCGGCAGCCAUUGUUCAUCUCUGCCACUGGAAGGGAUUCCCACAGCGAGGCCGUCUUCAACCACUGCAGACAUAUGAACACCAGCGGCGUGACCAGGUUGGAAGGUGCGAGCACAGCGACGUACUGUGCCGUCAUCACGGAGAGCGGAGAACUCAGUCUGGGAUUGGGCGACAUGGACAUUCACCAGCAGAUAACACCGCAAUAUGUGUCCCGGUUUAAGGAGCAGCUUUUAUCGUCUACAUUGGUGUGCCUUGAUGGAAACAUACCCGUUUCCACCAUCAGAUACGUUUGCUCCAUGGCCAAAGAGCACAACAUCAAUGUUUGGUAUGAGCCCACCGAUUCCGAAAAGGCUUGCAAGCCUUUCCUGUCAGACGCCUGGAAGUCGUUGGCCUACACCUCCCCAAAUUUGGCGGAGCUGUGCACCAUGAACAAAACGCUGGGCCUCCAGACGCCUGAAGUGCUCCCAAGUUCCUUGGAGCAGCUGCUGAGUCUGGCCGUGGCUCUCUCACGCCCCCUUCUGGAGCACAUCCACUGCCUGGUGGUGACCUUGGGGGCCGACGGGGUGUUGGUGUGCGGGGAGCAUCAAGCAGGCUCAGUCCGCCUGCAGCCGAGGAAAGACAAGAAGAAGAGAAAGCUGUGUGCCGUCCACUACCCAGCUCUGAAGGUAGCAGCACGGGAGACGAUGAACGUCUCAGGAGCAGGAGAUAGUCUCGCAGGUGCCCUGAUGGCGGGGAUGGUCCAGGGUCAAGACACGGACACCUGUGUUCGCAUGGGUCUCCUGGCCGCGCGCCUGUCCCUCGCAUCGCCACACCCCAUCGCCCACGUGCUGACAGCACACUCUGUGGACCCCCACCGGGUUCCCCAUAACAGCUGGCCCCCACCCAGAUUCUUGUGGAUUGACUGAAAAUAUUUGUACAUUAUAGGCAGGGGGGAAAAAAAAAACAAGGAUUGGUUUUCUGCUUCAUUUUUGUGUGGAAUCCUAGUUAGGAAUACGAUGUGAAAAAUGAAGGCCUUUCAUUUUAAAAUCAUUGGUAUGUGCAAUGCAUGGAUGCAAAAUAAAUCCUAUAAUCUGCAUUGUUCAGUAAAACUAAGUCAAAUAAUACAAGCAUUAAACUUGUUAGAUCCA